AUGCCCAACUGGAACAAGACUCUCAACCACCCACUAUUCAAUGUUGCUUUCUUUUUGGUAUCCCGUCAGAUUACUAAGCGUCUUGAUUUAGACAAUUAUAUUUGGUACUUGCGUGCCCUUUAUGUCACUGCUCAACUUGCCAUUCUCGGCAUGUCUUACUACCUUAUUACAGUUGUGAAGAAAAAGAAUGACAAGACUCUGUUGCGUUAUGUUGAACCUGCCAAACAAAACUGGGAUGGUACUGAUGCACCUGAACAACUGGUUAACAUUACAGUGAUGGAUUACGAUAUCGAGGAAAUCAAAAAGUCGAUUAAGCAAUCGUUGAUGGGAAUUGCUAUGAUCAUCGUAUUGCAUCUCAAAUUCAAUUAUGUCCAGCCUUUGAUUAUCCAGUCUAUUCUCGGCUUCAAGACAUUUUUGCUGACAAAGGAAGCUCGUAUUCACAUCUGGGGAGAACGUGCUACUACUGGUGAGCUCAAGCGUCCUUUCCGUGUUGUCUCUCCUUUCGGCUUGAACAAUGAGAAGAUGCAACCCAAGGUUGACCAGGGUUCUAUCAAGAAAGCCGAGAAGGCACGCAAGGCAGCAUAA